AUGAAUCAAACCUAUCCAAUAACUAAUACUUAUCCCCCAAUCCGUCUGAUUCUCGUGUCCCCUCCAGAUGAAGCCUUCAAAACAUUUGAUCUCCAAUUCGAUCCACCCAAUGACCACUUCCAAAAUGCUCGCCUGUAUUUUCGACUCUGUGACAAUCCAGAAACUGCUAUCAACUUAGACGCUGAUGAAAUGGUCGAUCCAUCAAAUGCCGCAGUCGAUUUAGAUUAUGAAUUUCCUGACGGAGAUGUUCCCCCAGGUGGCUCAACCAGGGGGAAAGUUAUGGAAAACUCGGCAUGA